GUUUACCUGUCUUUUAUUUUCCAUUAUGGGUUUCAUCACCAAGGCCCUUCCCCUCGCCCUGGCGGCGUUCUCUACUGUCAAUGGUGCUAAGAUCCUGGAGGCCAGCCCGGGUGCCGAUACUAUCCCAGACAGUUACAUUGUUGUCAUGAAGGCCGGCGUGACUAGUGAGACCUUCAGCGCUCACACCGACUGGGUUGGCCGAACCUACCAACGCCGCCCAAUGCGCCGUGGUGCUAAUUCUCAGCCUAUGGCUGGGUUGCAGCACUCCCUCAGCUUUGGAGGUAAUUUCAUGUACGCUGGCCAAUUCGACCAGGCUAUGAUUGACGAUAUUGCUAAAAAUGACGAUGUUGAUUUCAUUGAGCCCGACUAUAAGGUGACGUUGUCCUCUAUCACCGAACAGAAGGACGUUCCUUCUUGGGGUCUUUCCCGUCUUAGCACCAAGGAGCCUGGCGGUACUACAUACUUCUACGAUGAAUCUGCCGGUGAGGGUACCACGGCCUAUAUUGUCGAUACUGGUAUCGAUGUCAAUAACGGUGAUUUCGGGGGCCGUGCCAAGUGGGGCAACAACUUCGUCGACCAUCAGGAUACAGACUGUAACGGCCACGGAACCCACGUCGCUGGAACCGUUGGUGGGAAAAAUUUUGGUGUCGCUAAGAAGACCAAUCUCAUCGCUGUCAAGGUCCUUGAUUGUAAUGGCUCUGGAUCCAACUCUGGAGUCAUCAAGGGUAUGGAAUGGGUUAUGAGAGAUGCUUCUGGUGGAGGCAACAGCACCUCCAAGGCAUCAAAGUCUGUUAUGAACAUGUCUCUUGGCGGACCUCGCUCUGAGGCCACCAACCGAGCUGCCAAGGCCAUUUCUGAUGCUGGUAUCUUUUUGGCCGUUGCUGCUGGUAAUGAUAAUGCGGAUUCCCAACACGACUCCCCUGCCUCCGAGCCAUCCGUCUGUACUGUUGCUGCCUCUGCCGAAGAUGACACCAAGGCUAGCUUCUCCAACUGGGGACAAGCAGUCGAUGUCUUCGCCCCCGGGAUGCAUAUUACCUCUGAUAAGCCAGGAAACGGCACUGCUGUGCUCUCCGGUACCUCUAUGGCUUCUCCCCACGUUUGCGGUAUUGGUGCCUACCUCAUUGGAUUGGGUAAGAAGGGCGGCCCUGGUCUCUGCGAUACCAUCAAGGACAUGGCCCGCCCUGUUAUCAAGAACCCCGGUCAGGGCACCACCAACAAGCUCAUCUACAACGGCAGCGGUAAAUAA